GACGCCAGGACGCGCCGUAGCAGCUAGAUACGCAGAGAGGCCAGCUGGGACGAGCAGGCCCGGCCGGCGCGUGGCCACAGCCGGGAAGCCCGAGACCAGGGCCUUGCGCGCAGACUCUAGCGGGCUGGGCCGUGAGCCGGCCGCGGCCUCGCCGUCGAGACCUCCCUGAUGACUGUUGGGGCUCUGCAGAGCGGAGCAGAGACUGGGCCCGGGUCGCGGUCACGGUAGGAGGCCGGCGUGCCCGCUCUCCUGCUCGUGGUGGAUGCCGCAGCGGCGGCGGCGAUGGACGCCCUAGAGGAAGAGAGCUUCGCGCUGUCCUUCUCUUCCGCCUCUGAUGCAGAAUUUGAUGCUGUGGUUGGCUAUUUAGAGGACAUUAUCAUGGAUGAUGAGUUCCAGUUAUUACAAAGGAAUUUCAUGGACAAGUACUACCAGGAGUUUGAAGACACGGAAGAGAAUAAGCUCAUCUACACACCCAUUUUUAACGAAUAUAUUUCUUUGGUGGAAAAGUACAUAGAAGAACAGCUGCUGGAGCGGAUUCCUGGGUUUAACAUGGCGGCUUUCACUACAACGUUACAGCACCAUAAGGAUGAAGUGGCUGGUGACAUUUUCGACAUGCUGCUCACGUUUACGGAUUUUCUGGCUUUUAAGGAAAUGUUUCUGGACUAUCGAGCAGAAAAAGAAGGCCGGGGACUGGACUUGAGCACCGGUUUAGUGGUGACUUCAUUGUGCAAAUCAUCUUCUCUGCCAGCUUCCCAGAACAAUCUGCGGCCCUAGCUACCACCUCCAGGUAAUGGGAUCUUUCUGGAGUCACCACCCCAGUAGACUGGGAGGCUUUGGCUAAUGAUGACAGAAGAAUACAUCUUGGAAAGACUGAUUCUGUUCUCCAGCUCUUCAUUAGCACGGAUGGGUCAGGAGGAAAACUAUGGGACCCUCCCUCAACACGUUCUUGUCUCCAGGAACCCUGGUGUUACUCCCAUGUAGACAACUGCUCUCGGGGGCUUCCGAGUCCAGCUCCUGGAGCAGGCCCACAUCCAGCAUUCCACCCAGGGGCCCUUCCCCAGCAUACGCGUCGAUGUGUCUAUGUUGGAAGAAGCUGCCGUCACCAGCCCUCUUUUGGCCCAGCAGGCCCUACAUGUCCUGCCAGGCUUUUUGUGCGCUCAGAGCUUUUUAUGUGGGUCAGUUUCAGUCCUGCAGCCCCAAUGGUGUUUUUAACUGGGAGUAUUUAUCUGGAGUGUAACUCAGUCUAGCUGCCCACCUCAAGAUUUCUGAAAAUCUUGCUCUCACAGCUAGUCUGUGAUGGCUGUAGCAAUCAACUUAGAGAGAGACGUCUUUUACCUAAAAGCUACAUGUGAGAAUCAGUUCCUGGUCUUUCAUUUGCAGUCUUCGUAUCAGUGUCUUCUGCUGGUGCUGCUAGCCCACUGUUUGUAUAAUUCUUGUUUGUGUUUUUGAAAAAAAUAUUUUUAUAGAUGAAUACUCAGGCUAACCUAGUGGAUAUAAUCUUGGAACUUCCAUGAUUACCCACGUCAAGAUCAAAGUAUUAUAUGCUGUGUGCUUUUUAGCUGUUAGUGCUGUGAAAGCCAAACUGCUUCCCGUGUUCGUGUUGCUGCUUUCCUGGGCACGAGCGACUGUACGCUGGAGCCAGUUUACCAAGUACCCGCUUCUUAGAGCAUGUAGGUGUAGGUGCAGGUUUGCUGAAACCCCUUUCUGUGUAAAUCAGCGCCUUAGGUUUUCUCUGUUGGGGUGGGGGCUCCGUACUUCCUUCUUGCUUUCAAAAUAAUCCUACCAAGAUGGUGUUCACUGGUCUGGCUCAGCACGGAUAGAAGAGAGCAGACAGCUCUACUGGUCCUGUCUGGUUGGAUUUAGCACUCUGGUUUAGUCCCAUGUUUGCUCGAAUGUUAAGUGACCAGAAAACAUGGUUGUCACAUCUCUAGAAAGACAGACCAUACCUAGUUCAGUUCCCAGUGUGUACCUUACAGGUUUUUUGUUUUUUACUUAAUAUUUUUCAAGUAAAAAUAAGAAUCUGUACUGACUUUUGGUUCUGGUUUUAAAGGAUGAGCUAUAUAUAGGCUGUGUGCUUUUCUGUACUGAUGUGGCGCUUACUAAGUACUUUUGUACCGUGAGUAAAAUGUGAGGUGUUUUGCAAAAACUA